AUGAAGAGAGGAUAUCCUUAUUCACACGGUAAUCUUCAUUUUGGGUAUGAGUAUGAGUAUAGACCUAAAAGUGCAAAAGGAGGUACCGGUGAACACGGUGAGAUAGGGCAUGAAGGACCUAAAGGAGAUGCAGGACCUAAAGGAGAUGCAGGACGUGUACGACCUACAGGUCUACCAGGGCGAAAAGGAGAUCCGGGACCGCAAGGACUAAAAGGUGAUCAAGGUUCGCAAGGACCACAAGGACCACAAGGACUACAAGGACUAAAGGGCGAUCGAGGACCGCAAGGACUGCAAGGAUUAAAAGGUGAUCAGGGUUUGCAAGGACCCGUAGGGCAGCAAGGAUCACAAGGAGCGGGGGCGACAGCAGCAAAAGGUGAUAAAGGACAGGAUGGUGCAAGAGGCUCCCAAGGCCCGCGCGGUGUUAAAGGGGAUCGCGGUACAAAAGGGGAUCAGGGUCUACAGGGUCCAAAAGGUGAUAAAGGCGAUAAAGGUGAUAAAGGUAGCACAGGAGAUCAAGGACCACGCGGAGGUGAUGGUAAGAAAGGGGAUAGAGGUAUUCAGGGGGAUCCAGGUGUAAAAGGUGAUACAGGUAACGCUGGACCUAGAGGUCCAAGAGGAGCACCAGGACCCACAGGACCCGCAGGACCUAUAGGGUCGCAAGGACCUACGGGACCGCAAGGACAACCAGGCACAGCUGUGGCAAAAGGUGAUAAAAGAGAUAAAGGCGAUAAGGGCGAUAAAGGUAAUGAAGGAAAUCAAGGGGUACGGGGUCCUCCAGGGCUUGUGGGACCUGCAGGUCCUACAGGCCCUAAAGGGAGCAAGUAA